GCUGCUUUUCCAGCUGGACAUUAUCAUGACGAAUACUUUGUGGAUGCCGCUGCUCGGAGCUCUACUGCUUGCCAUGGCGAAUGACGCGGGUGCCGCUUCGAGUGCCUCAUUAGCAGGCACUGCGGAGCGGGAGAGGGAAGCCGGGAUGCCGGCUCAAAGUGUGCUGGCCCUGGUGCCGGCAGCAGCACGCGGCAGUUUUCUGCUCUACCAAUUAGCAACGGCCAUAAAUUCUGGCGACUACCCCUGGCUGGAGCUGGAGCUGGAGCAGGAGCACGAGCAGGAGUUACUUGUAGAACAGGAAGUCGACUCCAGCUGGCUGGCCGCAAUGGCAAAUGAAUUUCAGAAUGUGCCCGUCCCAGAAAACUUUCCGCUGCAAUUGCAAUCCUGGCUAAUGGAUAGCUACGGCCUGAGCGCCAUCGAUGUCUAUCAGAGUUGGCCCACGGCUCGAUCUGGCCGUGCCCAGCAUCUGACCUGCAAUGCCCUCGGCGAGUGCCAUGAGUUGGCCCAAAUUGUAGACGCAUGCUGUCCAUUUUGAGCAACGCGGCCGUGUGGCAAAUAAACGUAUUUAAAAUC